AGCCCUGCUGAUAGGGUUUCACUCUCUCUGGGGCGAAGAGGAGGGCAGGCGCUGCAAAACAAACCGUGGGACACAAAUCUACCCGGGAAUUUAUAUUCCCCUUCCUCCGACACACACAACUUCUGGGACCCGUGUCUUCCUGUGGAUACCCGGGCCGUAGCCAUGCCUAUCACUACUCCUGUCCCUUCUAACAAGAGGAAGAAGGCCAUCAAGAUCAUCACUGACCUGUCCAACAUCAGCCAGAAUGACGAGGAGCCGGACACUGAGGCCACCGAGCUCGACCUGGGCACCAAGAUCAAGACGCCCAAGGACGUGAUGCUGGAGGAGCUCUCCCUGUCCGGGAACAAGGGCUCCAAGAUGUUCAGGAUGAGGCAGCAGAGAGUUGACAAGUUCAUCGUGACCAACGAGAACAUGCAGAACCUUGAGAACCUGCUGAUGUGCCCUCCCCCUGUUCCCCCAAAGCCGGAGAUGCCAAAAGGAGACAACAUGGUGGAGGAGACAGUGGACGAGGAGGCGGAGAAGGAGAAGAGGAGACUGGAGUACAUACGCACCUACGUAUCACCAUGGGAACGGGCCAUGAAGGGCAACGAGGAGCUGAGAGCCACCAUGAAGGCCUCCAUGCCGGGACCCAUCCAGGUGCACCAAGAUCUGCCUCUGUUCAAGAGCUUCAACAGGACGGCGCUGCCAUUCGGCGGCUUCGACAAGGCGACCAAGCUGCUGACCUUCGAGCUGCCCGAGGCCAGCGUCGCCACCGACGAGCCGGAGCCACUGCCCAGCCUGCAGGCCGACAUCCUCUUGCGGCCCUCGUUCAACCGCACGCCCAUCGGCUGGGUGUGCGGCGAGGACAACUCGCACAUCCACAUGGACGUGGACAACGUCGCCUUCGACGGAGAGACGGAUGACCUGUGAACACGCAUGCAGACGGCGACAUGCUUACAGUACACAUGUAGCCUGAAACACACCUUACAAGCCAUAGAACUCAUAAACGCACCUACAUACAUACAUACUGUACCAGAAUACGCCGUCACAUGAGUGCAUAUAUGCGAGCAUUCAGCAGAUCAUGAUUCACGCCACACAUACACUGACAACACAAGCACGUGUUAAAAUGUACUUUAAUUGCAUGAAAAAGCAAAUACUAUUUAAAACUGCCUUGAGCGGAGGACAAAAAGGACAAAUUAUCUCCCCGAUGAUUUUGCAAAACUGUGAGUUAAUGUGAGACCUGUGUGAACAGAAACAGACAAGCACUCUGCACUCUUAAAAAAAAAAAUGUAUUUGUGCAAUAAAGUUCCCCCUUUACAGAA